GACGAGGGUCCACCGUAACUCUGCCCAUUUCCUUGGUGACCCGAGAACGAGGCGAGUGGAAGAGCAGCCCAGCAUUCCAGCUCAUUUUUUCUUCGUUUUUGUCAUCACAUAAGCUCUACACAGCUCAUCUUGUCUCAGGAUGUGGGCGUGGCGUGUGAUGAUGACGACGUUGGCGGUGGUGCUGGUAGGGCUGCUGGCCCGGGGAGGGACGGCGCUCCCUACCGCCUCCUCUUCCAAUGACCGGCCGAUCAUCGGCAUAUUGGCCCAGGAGGUCUCCGGGUCCUUGGCCGAUAUUCUGGGCAAGAUUCUCUCCACCGAGGAAACGGUAGAAGUUCACGGUCUAGACCUGGAAAACCCCAGCACAGUGGCCAGUCCCGAGUACUACUUGGAGCCUCAUCCAGAGGCAACGGACGAAGCGAAGGACACCACCGCUGGAAACGCGGGAUCUCAGCCGGAGGUCUCAUUAGGACAAAGUGACAGCGGAACGGGAGGAGCCGUUGUACCCCCCACCACCCCGUCUCCCCGGCCACCCGUACCCAAGAAUGCCACUUACAUCGCUGCUUCUUACGUCAAGUUCAUUGAAGCUGGAGGGGCCAGAGUUGUUCCCGUUUUUGUCAACAAAGAUCGAGAGUACUAUGAGCACAUGAUGAAGUCGAUCAAUGGUUUGUUGUUUCCUGGAGGUGCCGUGGCUAUUGAUGAAACCAGUGCAUUUGGAAGAGCUGGGAAGAUCAUCUAUGAGAUCGCAAAGGACAUGAAUGACAGAGGGGAUGUGUUCCCGCUGUGGGGUACCUGUUUGGGCUUCGAACUCAUGAUGGGACUUGCGGCCGGUGGGCAGGAGGUCAGGGCCGUGUGCGAUGCCCAAAACAUUGCCAACCGUAUUAAGUUGGAUUCUGAUUAUGCAGACGGAUAUCUGCUGCGCCAUCUACCAAAAAGACUGAUUAAAGCCUUGACGUCAGAACCAAUCACCAGCAAUUUCCACAAGUAUUGUCUUACUCCCAAGAAUUUCAGUGCCUUCGGACUUGACAAAAUCUUCAGGCCUUUGGCAUACAGCGCAGAUCGAAGAGGAGUGGAGUACUUGGCUGCAGUUGAAGCUUGGGACUACCCAUUCUUCGCCGUACAGUUUCACCCAGAGAAGAGCCCCUAUGAAUGGACCACAAAACCAGGACACGACCAUAUUCCACAUUCAAGUGUUGCCAUUGACACUGCAAAUCAUUUCGCCCAAGUCUAUGUCAAUUAUGCCCGGAGGAAUAAGCACAGAUUCGCUGAUACCGCAGAGGAGCAGAGAAGCCUCAUUUACAACUACUCUCCUGUUUAUACUGGCCAGUUGUCUCCAAUGGAACAGAUAUAUUUGUUCUAGGACAAAUUGAAACCAGUAGUCGAGGGUAGUGUGGAAUACUGUCAUCACUGAAAAUUAGAUAACUUGCUUAGGCUUUUCCAUCAGUACUGAGAAUGCGGACUGUGAAGCUUGUGGAUCUGUGAUUUGAUUUUUUUACUAUAUCUAGUGAUAGGGCAUGAAAAAAACUAAUGUAAUUAUAUAUAUCACAAGAUAGCUUAAUCUUCUAAAUGCUGCUUUAAAAUGCAUGUCUGAAGUUGAAAAUUAUUUUUUUCUAAAAUGAUCAUAAUACUCUGAUCGAGCACAUCAAACCAAAAUUUUUUUAGAUAGUUAUUAGAUGAUAAUGUUUUUAGUUCCUUAAGUCUUAAAAACUAUUGAUGAUCUAUUGAUCUUUUUGCAGAUUCUUUGUUCGAUUCAUUCUGACUGUACUACUCUUAUUCAUAAAAUUUUAUAAAAUUAAAA